AUCAUUCCUCCUCUGACAUCCCACUGAGUUCACCUCACGCCUGACGGAGUAUUUAGCUUGCAUGCUCCCAGGCUACGGCUGGCCGCAGAUGCAGAGUGCGUGUAGGAGUGUGUGUGUGUGUGUGUCUCAGUACUGCAUCCCUCUCUCUUGUUCCGGGACCCUCGUUCUCUCAGACACCACCAGGGUAGAUUCUGGUCUCCUCGGUGGGAAUAGGGUCAAGAAAUAGUGCGCGUGACCCUUCGAAUGGUCACUGGAUUUCCUUGGUAACCCUUUCUGUGUACUUUCAAUGGACUGGAUACCGUCAGUAUUGUCUGGAGAAUGAUACCGUUUCCAACCUAACCACAGUGAGGCUUUGACUGGCUGUUCCCACUCUGGGCAGAGGAGAGUUGGACCUYGGUUGGAUUUUGACGUUGGACAAGGGUGGAUUCCCCCCCCCCCCCUGCGACUAUAGGAUACCAUGCUGCCUCAACUGCCUCAACUAAGAAGGGAUCAGUUUGAUAACUUGGAGAAGCAUACACAGUCGGGCAUCGAGUUUGUGGAGAGGUACACCAAAUUCGUCAAAGAGCGAUCGGAGAUUGAAUUCAACUAUGCCAAGCAGAUUAGGAAUCUAUCAAAGAAGUAUCAACCCAAGAAGAACUCAAAAGAGGAGGAGGAGAACAAGUACACGUCAUGCCAGGCCUUCCUGUCGACACUGAAUGAGCUGAACGACUACGCAGGUCAGCACGAAGUCAUCGCUGAGAACCUGACCUCUCAGAUCAUCACAGAACUCUUGCGGUACCUCACGGAACUCAAGGCCGAGAGGAAAUCGCAUUUCCAUGAUGGACGUAAAGCACAGCAACACAUUGAAUUCUCGUGGAAACAGCUGGAGGCGAGUAAACGGCGGUUCGAGAGGGACUGUAAAGAGGCGGACAGGGCGCAGCAGUACUUUGAGAGAAUGGACGCCGACAUCAAUGUGACGAAGGCAGACGUGGAGAAGGCGCGGCAGCAGGCUCAAAUGAGACACCAGAUGGCUGCUGACAGUAAGAGUGAAUAGACUCGAAGCAGGUGGUGGAGUCGUAUAAGUCUGGGUUCGAGCCCCCGGGGGACGUAGAAUUUGAGGACUAUGGGGCAGGCCAGUCCAUGAAGAGGACGGUCUCUGAAACCAGCCUGUCCAACUCACGAGGAGAGGCCAAGGAACGACCCAGCGGGGGCAAGAGCAAGGGCAAACUGUGGCCUUUCAUUAAGAACAAGAACAAGCUUAUGUCCCUGUUAACGUCCCCGCACCAGCCCCCCCCUGCCCCCCCAGCCUCCAGCCCCCCCUCACCCUCUGCUGUUCCCAACGACCCCCAGUCUCCCAAGCAGAACAAGGAGCCCCUCUCCAAUCGCUUCAAUGAGUUCAUGGCCUCCAAACCCAAAAUGACUUGCCUCCGGAGCCUGAGGCGAGGGUCUAGACUUCUUUCUCUCAAGCUGAUCACACUCAAUUCCCACGUCCGGAAUCUUAUUGAGGGCUCUGGACCAGAGGACUUCAGCCACCUGCCCCCAGAGCAGAGGAGAAAGAAGCUUCAGGCCAAGAUAGACGACUUAAACAAGGACAUCCAGAAAGAGAUGGACCAGAAAGAUGCCCUAACUAAGAUGAAGGGGGUGUAUGAGAAGAACCCUCAGAUGGGUGACCCUGCCAGUGUGGACCCCCGYCUAGUAGAGAUAGCAAUGAACAUCGAGAAACUGCAGUACGAGGUGCAGAAAUUCGAGGGAUGGCUAGCUGAGGUGGAGGGGAGGUUACCAUCGAAGAGCGAUCCUCCCAGGCGACAGAGUGGUCUGUACGAGACGCAGAACAGCAACAGCAGCACGGUUGCCAACAACUGUGCACAGGACAGAGAGAGCAGCCCGGAUGGCAGUUACACAGAGGAGCAGAGUUCAGAGACUCAGGACAAGGUGGCCAUAGCCAACACUCCAGAGUUUGAUGAUGAGUUUGACGAUGGGGAUGAGGAGACGCUGCCCACCAUCGGCACCUGUAAAGCCAUCUACCAAUUUGAAGGUCAUAAUGAGGGGACUAUAUCAGUGACGGAGGGAGAGCUGUUGUAUGUGAUAGAGGAGGAUAAAGGUGACGGCUGGACACGUGUCCGCAGGAACGAAGAGGAGGAAGGCUACGUGCCCACAUCUUAUGUCGAGGUCUCUUUGGAAACGACCGGCAAAGGUGCUAUGACAUACAUUUAACUGAAGGGGUUUUCU